AUUUCUGUUUACUGAAUUUCAUUGUUCGGUAUUAGAUUAGCUCCGGCUCAAACCAUACUUAUUUAUUGAAUUAAUGAAAUAUUUUAAUGGAUUCAAAACUUUUUAAACUUAGCAAACGGUAACCCUUUUUAUUGUCAAUUUUUCAUAAAACUUCUGUUCCUUGUUUGAAUGGAGGAAAUUUUAAAUAUUCGAUAUUGGUACAUUGUGAUUAACUUGAACGCCAUCUAUUUCUGCUGAAUGUUCAAUCAUUUGAAUAAUGUGCUUCAAUUUCGAACAAUCAAUACGCAUCACAUCACUCGCACGGCACCAUUCAUUUUGACAGCACUACCGUAUUUUGCACAACGUUUUGCCGGUUAAAAUAGUUGAGCCGUUCCGAACAUCGUGGUCGAAAGUCAUUGCGCAGUUUAGUGAUCAACAAUUGUUGACCAUGGCAGAUAUAAUGAAUAAAGUGCAAGAAACAAGCGACCACUUGCAACGUUUUCUCAAAGUGCUUUCUGAAUGGAAAGCCGAAAAUGAUGCGCACCGAGCACGUUUAGAUGCAAUGGGUGAAGAAUUGUUGAAAACCAUGGAAGGUAUAAAAAAGGCUGCUCGUGAUUUAUUGCCGAAAAACAAGCCAACUCAAUCGGAUAAACCAUCGGUUGAAUUCAAAUCAGUACCACCACCCCUGCUUAUGGCCCGGCGCUCACCUACGGUAUUGAAAAUUGUUCAAUCACAAUCUUCGGCUUCCAAACAAAACCAAGUCAAUAAACAAUUGAAACAAAAAGAUACCAACCGUGUGAUGAUCAAAAAGGAAAUCGAUGCUGAGGAAAAUACGACUGGUUUACCCAAAUUGUUGCCAAUGAAAAAAGUGAUCUGUGCCUCUCUGCUCACACCGAAUCAAAUAAAAAAGGAACCACAUGUGGCUACGGUCCCGAAAGAUAAUUUGAAGCGCAACCAUGAAUCAUCGGUCUCCGAAAUCAUUCCAAAAAUACCGCGGACCACUCGUUCCCAAGCAAAGGCUUUAUUGAGCAAAGACAUUCUGGAAUCCAUUAGCUCAAUUAAAGGCACUUCCGCACAAAGCAUGGCUGAUACUUCAAAGCAAAGUAUCAACAAUCGCGAGCGUGUGGUGAAACCUUCGAAGAAAGUUGGCGGAAAACGCAAACAAAACCAAACCGAUAAGUAAAAAAUAUACAUAACCACAUCAAAAUCCAAAUGGCUUAUCAGACGGAUUCUUAAGCAGCUUAUUUUUCCAUUUUUCGGAUCGCAACAUGUUUUUUUGUUGAAAACAAUCACCAUUUUUUCAUAGAUUAAUUAGCAAGGCUACAUAUGAAUUAAGCAAAGAUGAAUUUCAUAUUAAAAACAAAUACAACAGAUGAUACUCUUCAUAAAGUCAGUAUGACAUCAAUAUUGGUUGUGUCACCAUCAAGUGUCAUCGAUAGUAUAUUCGGAAUGAAAUGAUAGUUAAACUUGUAUUCGGAAAAUGUUACUUUUGAAAAGAAUCAAUAAAAGAAAUAUUCACACGUUUGGAAUAUGCAACAAUGUCAAUAAUAAUCAAA